AUGACCAGAGUGCCCGCCAACCAGCGGAAGAGGAAGCGUGACGAGAGCGACGAUAAGAAAGCGGCUACGGCAGCGCCGUCAGGGUCCAGGAGGCGGGUGCGGGCCAGACGAGAAGACGAGGCCAGCGCACCCUUCACAGAGACCUCGUCCGCGCGAGAACGGGCACAACCUUUCCUCCUCGCUGUUGCUAGGAUGCCCGUUGACAUGCUCAGCACAGCCUGGAGCGUCGGAAAGAACCGGCCGAUCAACGCGGCCCACGUCCAGGAGCUGGUACACGCAUUCAGGAGCGGCGGGCUGGAAAGGCGGGCGCCGGAGAACCGUAUCGUCGUCCUCUGCAGCGCCGAGGAAGUCAGGCGUAUGCUACAGGACGGCGGCGACGAGCGCGACGAGGACGACGAGGACGAUGAGGACGACGAGGAUGACGAGGACGGCCCUCGCGAGCUAUCCUUCCUGCGCUGGGCCGAAGUCAAUGGGACCAAGGCUGAGGUGAUGGCCGGCCAGCACCGCAUCCAGGCGCUCCGCGAGUACGUCAAGGAGACGGGCGCGCCGGGUUCCAAUCUGUG